CUUCACACACAAACACGGCAAGCUUGUUCAGAGAGAGAUAGAUUUGGAUGUAAUUACAUCUUUGUCGCAUCCAGUCCAAUGAACAUUUGUACGAGAACGAUGAAAUAACAGAUGGCUGUCCAUCACUGUUCCACUCCCAAGCGAACCAAUACGUGUGCACUGGUCAUAUCGUCCCAAAGGAAAGUUUAGUAUUAUUCACGAUCGAUAUCGCGCAGUGGUAGUGCCAAACUUAAUUUCUAAUUAGACUGUACAAAAGCGGACUACACUGGCGAUAAAGAAUACAGACUGCUGGCGAACAUCUUGUUUACUAUAUGCUUCAGUGGCUUAAAUUGAAACAUUUCAGUUAUUCAUAAAUCCACCAGAGGAAUUAGUUAAAUUAUUGACCAAUCACGUUUCGAGAUAAGAAAAACCGUUUAAAGUUAACUCCAAUCCUACGGUCAUUUAAACCAAUAUUUCACUUGUGAAUGUCACGUUGUCAGGAAAAUGUGUAUUUGACGUGAGCUUUUGUCUGCCCGAAAUAUUUCACUCGUUAACGUGAUGUUUAUUGUUGGAUUGACGGGUGGCAUUGCCACCGGGAAAAGUAGCGUCGGUGCUGUUUUCCGAGAAUUCGGUAUACCGGUUAUCGAAGCAGAUGUAAUUGCACGGAAAGUUGUCGAACCAGGCAAACCAGCUUGGCAUAAGAUUAAGGAAGAAUUUGGCUCCGAAGUAUUUCUAGAAAAUGGGCACCUUAACCGAGCUAAAUUGGGUGAUAUAAUAUUUGAUAAUAUUGAAAAGAGACGAAAACUUAAUGCUAUUACGCACCCUCACAUAUACAGAGAAUUAUGCUGGCAAGCAUUCAAACACUUUUUACAGGGACAUCCAUUUAUAGUAAUGGAUCUUCCAUUGCUCUUUGAAACUGGUCACAUGUUAAAUUACUUAUAUAAAAUCAUCGUUGUUACUUGUGAAGAAGAUCUACAAUUGCAACGAUUAAUGGAACGGUCUGAAUUUAGUGAAGCCAAAGCAAAAGUCAGAAUUGAAGCACAAAUGUCUUUGGACAAAAAAGCAAAUAUGGCAAAUUUCGUUAUUGAAAAUUCAGGAAGCGAGCGGGAUACUAGGGAACAAACUGUCAAAGUGAUUAAUGUUUUAAGAUGUUCUCGACAUUAUUGGAAACUAAGAUUGCUGGUUGGGUUUUGUUGCACGAUGUUAUUAGCUGGUGCAUAUUGGCUGAAAAAUCGACUCAAAUCGCCAGCUACUUCAUCAUAAAGUUAAGCUCCAAUGCAGAUUUUAUAUUAUUUGUAUCUUAGCAUAUAUAACUGUUAUAAAGUACAGGAACAAGGGUAUGACAAUUUCGCUGUUUUUGAAGCAUUGAAACUAUUUCAAUAAUUAAUUUCCCUGUGGGAACAAACAGGUCAUGCAAAAUAAAAAGCAAGAUUUGAUAAGUUGGGCAGCUUUGGAUACAAACCCAUAUGAAUGCGACCAAACAAUUUAGUCUUAUUACGAUUCAUGCACUGUAAAAACAUCCUUCAAUAUUUUUAUGUUACGACGUCCGGUACGCGUACGAGUUUAAUUUUAACUCAUGCAUUUAUAAGAGUACGUAAGACAAUGAAUUCUAUUCUUGUAAAUGGUAAUAUGUAUAGGGCAGUGAACUAGCGACGAACCAUAUUACAAAAUAAAGUUUUGAUCAACUUCCAACGAAA